UGUAUAAAAGCCGCAUCGCCUGUCGUGCAGCUUUGGCCUGAAAAAGAACACGCAGAGACGUACGCAGAUCUGAACUUUGCUGCAGCUUCCUUAGCGUUCAUUUCGAGAAGAAGAGCGUACGCCACAUGCCCUGGAUUUCCCGCGUCACAGCAGCAACUCGUAGCUGGCGGCGCGUUGUGUACGAAGACUUUCCGACGGACCUGCGACGCAGAGAACCUCGUGAACGUCAGCCGCUGUAAAGAGAGAGGGAGGGAGAAACUGCAAGAAUGGACACGCUGACGCUCAGUGACGGUCUGAGCGGGCCGCACUCACGCGCUCCCGGCAAUACUCUCCUGUACUACCCCCCACCUACAAGCCGGCCUCGUGCCCACUCUACCGGCAGCCCACUCCCUGCAUCCAAGAGAACCACAGUCAAGAUUGUCAUGGGCGGUAAGAGCUACACGAAACCCCGUGCCGCCUUCGAAGAGGUGAAGAAACAGACCCAGCCGACCGGCGUGAGCACCAGUCGCUACAAGACCGAACUGUGCAGACCGUACCAGGAGUACCGGGUCUGCAAGUACGGGGACAAGUGUCAGUUUGCUCACGGGAUACACGACCUGCGGGUAAUGCCUCGCCACCCCAAGUACAAAACAGAGCUGUGUCGCACCUACCACUCAACCGGGCUCUGUCCCUACGGACCUCGCUGUCACUUCAUCCACAACUUGGACGAGGCUCGUCAGGCGGACUCCGGCAGCACUCCUCCGCCCAGCCCCGUCAAGAAAUCCUCGGCUGCCCCUUACUCCACCUCUCUCCCCAUUAGUCCGUCCGUUGACUCCGGGAUUUCGUCCCCCGACGGUUGCCCCGGGACUUGUCGGAGUUUCGAGUUCCCCGUGGUUGGGUCAGGGAGCAGCGGCAGCAGUGGGGCAGGGUCUGGUUCGGACGAGGGCGGAGACGAACGCUUCACUCAUGCCCCUCCCCUCACCCGGUCGAGGUACGCCACCUAUUCCCCACUCAGCUCUGAGUACACCGAUCUUGAGUCCAGCGAAUCUGGGAUUCUCUCCGACUACGGCCAGGAUCCGUUCGGUGAGACCGACGCCACUUCCUCGUACGGGAGUUACUCCCCGCUCAAGUCUGCCGGUCGAGGCGGAGGAAACGGGUUUAGGGUGCCGUCGGACCCGGCGCUGGACUUGCAGAACCUGUUGAUGGGUCUCGGGAUCAGGGACUCCCCCGCACUCCCUCCGCCCCUGUCCCCUCGGCUCUCCCCGUCCGCUGCCAACUCUGCCCGAAGCCGUCUGCCCGUAUUUGACAACAUGAUGAGCUCACAGAGCGACACGGCUCUCCUCGUCGGUUGUGCGAGUGACCCUCUUCGCGGGAGGGUGGCAUCUUUCCCCACUUUUCCAUGAAGUAACCCCACAAUUAAGUUUUUCACCGUCCCUGCAUUCCGUGCCAAUCCCCCCUUUUUCUACAGCGUGUCCUUUUUUACAAGUCACUUAGUAUUUGCGACCCCUCUUUAUAUGAUGUGUGUUUUUGUGCGUGAUUCAGCCUACCAUAAACCCCUCCAUCUAUCAGAUAUUGUAUAUGUACACCACUGGUGUGAGGGCCUGUGGCUCAAUGAAACCUUAACACGUGUAUGUUCUGUCGUUCUGUCAUUCGUGUGUUGUGUUUAUUUGCCCCCAAAAAUGUUAGUAUAGCACACAGGUCAACAACCAACACUUUUGUUGUUCUUUUCACUACCACAUACCCAACCAACAUUGACGGCUGUUGUAAACUCCAGUAUUUAUUGCUUCCAUCCCUGCUAUUUAUAUAACUUAUUUCAUGCUCCAAUAGCCUCUGUCAUAAUAUUGUAGAAAUGUUUUACACAUUGUGUAUCACUAUUAUUAUUAUUGUAUAUACACCACUUGUAAUCACAGAGCCAAUUGGGCACUUUUACACCAUUAAUCAUUAGUGUUAGGUUCCGUUAUUCAUAUUUUUUGCACUCUAAUUAUUUAUUUAUUUAUGUCUGUCCCCUCUGAGUAUUAUUAUAAUACAAGUUAUUUAUGAUUUUUAAUUGACGACA